AUGGGUAGCAUCGGACCGUAUACUGUGAUCGAUCCUAUUGGCAGAGGUGUUUCCAGCACAGUCUAUGUUGCACGAAAUACAGAUACAGAUGAAGUUGUUUGCAUUAAAGUUAUUCCAAAAGCAGAAAAAGAAAAAUGUUUUCUUGAUACUGAAAUAAAGGUUUUACCAACCCUUAAUCAUCCAAACAUUGUUAAGUUUAUUGACUUCUUGGAAGAUUUGGAAAAUUAUUACUUAAUUGAAGAAUAUUGCAAUGGCGAAACCUUAACUCAGUUUGUUGAAAGCGGAAAGCUACUUACUGAACGAUCCAUACUUAGCAUAAUGCAGCAACUAUUCUCAGCACUUAUGUACAUUCAUGCAAAAGGUGUUAGUCAUAGAGAUCUCAAGCCCGACAACAUCAUAAUUAUUGAUUCAAGUAACAUCAAAGUGAUCGAUUUUGGACUCUCAACAGAUGAUAAUUCUUCACUUCGUUCCACAUUUUGUGGUUCUGUGGCAUUCGCCUCACCUGAAUGCAUAAAUCACCAAAAAUAUGAUGCCAAGGCCGCUGAUAUUUGGUCAUGUGGUGUCAUAUGCUUCUAUCUUUCCACCGGCCAGAUACCAUGGAAAGGAAAUAAUAUUGUCCAAUUAAUGAGGAGCAUCAGUGCAGUUAACUAUUAUAUUCCUAACUCUAUUUUAAUACCAAUUAAGAGUAUAAUUACUCAGUGUUUAUGUCUUGAUCCCUCAAAACGCCCGACAGCCGAAAAGUUAUUAGAGUCGCCAUUUUUAUGCACAAAAGGCCGUCGCAAUGCACGUUUAAUUCGAGUUGAAUUAUCAUGCGGUCAGAUUCCGAGGUUAUCAGUAAUACAACCCCCAGUUGUUGCUAGAAAAGCACCAAGAAAACGCCCAAAGAUAUAUUCUGUAUAG